AUGAAUCGCCUAAGCAGAUCUCUUAGUCAAUUAUCGCCUCACCAUUUCCGUCCGCGACCGUCCUUUACACCCCUCGUUCCGAAACGGUACAUAGGAAUUCCGCCCGCGUUUCUGCUCGACGAAUAUAUCCCGCGCUAUCAGCUGCUCACAUCGAUAGACGCUUCGAAAAAGCGCUCACUCGCCUAUGCGCAUCUACGAGAAUGCAACUUAUGCCCACGACGUUGUGGAGUAAACCGGUACGAAGAAACCGGGGUAUGUCUAAUCGGCGCUGAGACCGUCAAGGUCAACACGAUUGCACCACAUCGUGGAGAGGAACCAUGUAUUCAGGGAUUCAAUGGGAGUGGAUCCGUCUUCUUUUCAGGAUGCAAUUUGCGCUGUGUGUUCUGCCAGAAUCAUGACAUCGCCCACCAACGAAACGGCUUCGACGUUACUCCUGAAGAACUAGCGGAUUGGUUUAUGAAGCUUCAGCAAGUGGGUAACUGCCAUAAUAUCAACCUAGUCACGCCGGAACAUGUGGUGCCGCAGGUUGCGCUCGCGAUUCUGACGGCGCGCGAUAUGGGUCUCAACAUUCCUAUUAUUUACAAUACGUCCUCGUUUGAUUCGCUGGAGUCUCUAGAGCUACUGGACGGUCUAAUUGAUAUUUACUUGCCUGAUUUCAAGGUAUGGAAGAAUAGUACGUCGAAGCGGUUGCUCAAAGCCGAGGAUUACACUGAGACGGCGAUGGAGAGCAUAAAGGCCAUGCAUAAACAGGUCGGCGAUUUAUGUUUUACUUCGGAUGGGAUCGCUAAGAGAGGCGUCCUACUGCGACAUUUGGUUAUGCCUGGCAAGGAGGACGAGGGCCGGGAGAUUAUGCGCUGGUUGGCAGAAAAUGUGUCCAAGGACCUCUAUGUGCAUAUUAUGGAGCAGUAUCACCCGGAUGCCCAUGUAGGGAAGAGGAAACGGACGACGAAGAAUGCGAAAGGCGACGAAGAGGACGAAGUGCGGUAUGCAGAAAUCAACCGCGCGGUCCGCGAUGAUGAGCUUGGCUCUGUCAGGGAUGCUGCCGUUGCAGCUGGGCUCUGGAGAUUUUGUGAGGCGAACGAGGAUAGUUCCAUGUUUCAUCUCAAUAAUAGCCCUCGUCCACCGCGCCUACUCCCGCAAAUCCCUCACCCACCUUGGCCUCGCAACAGCAGCUCUAACAGCAACCGCCCACGCCCUUCACCCCUGGUCAGCACCCUUCGCCCUCCUUGCCGUCUUCUACUUCGGCGGUACAAAAGCCACAAAGCUCAAUUAACCCUCUCCGCGACCGGGUCGGAAGGCGGCGAGGGCCAAAGAACCCACAUCCAGGUUCUGGCAAAUAGUGUCGUUGCGACGGUGCUUAUCCUCUUCCAUACUUAUGUUCUGAGUGGGUCGUCGGCGGAGUGUUUCGAGAAUGGUAAAAGUGCGGCAGAUUUGUUGGUGGUGGGGAUUGUUGCCAACUAUGCCGCCGUAGCAGCCGACACCUUCUCCUCCGAGCUGGGCAUUCUGUCUAAAUCCAAGCCCCGUCUGAUCACCUCGCCCACACUCCGAGUCGUUCCACCGGGUACAAACGGCGGCGUAACAGCCGCGGGUCUUUUGGCGGGCGUAUUCGGUGCAUUUACGGUCUCUUUUGCAUCUGCUGUGCUUUUGCCGUUCUGUGCGGAGUCGAGUCUUAUGGAUCGGGUAUAUUGGACCCUUGCGUUUACCGGCUGGGGCACGUUGGGGAGUGUGCUAGAUAGUGUUUUGGGGGGCUUGUUGCAGGCGAGUGUUGUGGAUAAGCGGACGGGGAAGGUUGUUGAGGGAGAGGGCGGGAAGAAGGUGCUUGUUCAUCCUCAUCCUAGGGCUGGGGGUGCUACGGGAUACUCGAGUGCUUCUGCUUCUGCUUCUGCUUCUGGAUCUGUGCAGCAGAGGAAAGAGGAGAAGGAGGGCGUUGAGACGGUACAUGAGAGUCGGAGGGUUGAGAGUGGACGGGAUUUGUUGGAUAAUAAUGCUGUUAAUGUUUUGAUGGCGUUUAUUAUGAGUGUGGGCGCUAUGGGUGCUGCUGGUUGGGUUUGGGGAAUGUCGCCUUUCGAUAUUGCGGCUUUGGUCUAA